GUGACUGACAGCAGCGGCUUUAGGCGAGCGCGGUCCCCGCGUGCGCACACGCACACGCACGCGCCACCGGCAGGGACCCACGGCCACGGGCCGCUGGCUGACACACAGACGCGGAGACCCGGGAUCGGCACUCGCUCCUCAGGGCACACGCUCCGCAUCCCCGGGCGACGCGGGACGCGGACUGGCAGCUGCGCGCCCUCCCUGCGGAGUCUGCCCCGGGCCGAGUCGCAGCACGCAGCCCGGUGGCGAGGCCCCGCGGAGAUCAGCCCUAGCCACCUCGGGGCUGACCGGCGGCUGCUCUGAGUGGGAGGCGAGCGGGGCUGGCCUGAGCCUCUGUUCCGGCUGAGAAGCGUCCAGGCCAACGUCAUGCAGGCCUCCCUGGCCGCCCUUCUUCUGCUGCCGAUGACCACUGCCAUGCACUUCAACUGCAUCCUGAAGGAGGAGAAAGCCAUGUGUCUGGAGAAGAUCCAGAGGGAGAAGGAACAGCUGGGCUUGAACGACUCCUCCCCAGGUUGCCCCGGGAUAUGGGACAACAUCACGUGUUGGAAGCACGCCCAGGUGGGCGAGAUGGUCUUCAUCACCUGCCCCAAGGUCUUCCAGAUCAUCUAUCCAGACCAAGUCUGGGAGACGGAAACCAUCGGAGACCUUGAUUUCGCAGACAUCAACUCCUUGAAUCUCUCAGGCAUGCGGGUGAUAGGCCGGAACUGCACGGAAGACGGCUGGUCAGAGACGUUCCCUCAUUAUUUCGAUGCCUGUGGGUUUGACGAGGAAUACAACGAGACCGGGGACCAGGACUCCUACUACCUGUCGGUGAAGGCUCUGUACACGGCCGGCUACAGCACGUCCCUCGUGUCGCUCACCACGGCCAUGGUCAUCCUGUGUCGCUUCCGGAAGCUGCACUGCACCCGCAACUUCAUCCACAUGAACCUGUUCGUGUCCUUCAUGCUGCGGGCCAUCUCUGUCUUCAUCAAGGACUGGGUCCUCUACGAGGAGCACGACAGCAGCCACUGCUUCAUCUCCUCGGUGGAAUGCAAGGCCGUCAUGGUUUUCUUUCACUACUGCGUCGUGUCCAACUACUUCUGGCUGUUCAUCGAGGGCCUGUACCUCUUCACCCUGCUGGUGGAGACCUUCUUCCCCGAGAGGAGAUACUUCUACUGGUACACCAUUAUUGGCUGGGGGACCCCAACUCUGUGCGUGUCGGUGUGGGCCGUGCUGAGGCUCUACUUUGAUGACACAGGCUGCUGGGACAUGAAUGACAGCACAGCUCUGUGGUGGGUGAUCAAAGGCCCCGUGGUCGGCUCCAUCAUGGUGAACUUUGGGCUCUUUGUCGGCAUCAUCUUCAUCCUGGUGCAGAAACUUCAGUCUCCAGACAUGGGAGGCAAUGAGUCCAGCAUCUACUUAACAAAUUUAAGCCUGGGAGUCCCCAAGAAAGCCCGAGAGGACCCCCUGCCUGUGCCCUCAGACCAGCAUUCACUCCCUUUCCUCAGCUGCGUGCAGAAAUGCUACUGCAAGCCAGAGCGGGCUCAGCAGCACUCUUGCAAGAUGUCAGAACUGUCCGCCAUCACUCUACGGCUGGCCCGGUCCACGCUGCUGCUCAUCCCGCUGUUCGGGAUCCACUACACGGUGUUCGCCUUCUCGCCGGAGAACGUCAGCAAGAGGGAGAGGCUGGUGUUCGAGCUGGGGCUGGGCUCCUUCCAGGGCUUCGUGGUGGCUGUUCUCUACUGCUUUCUGAAUGGGGAGGUGCAGGCGGAGAUCAAGCGUAAGUGGCGGAGCUGGAAGGUGAAUCGUUACUUCGCCGUGGACUUCAAGCACCGGCACCCGUCCCUGGCCAGCAGCGGGGUGAACGGGGGCACCCAGCUCUCCAUCCUGAGCAAGAGCAGCUCCCAGAUCCGCAUGUCCGGCCUCCCGGCCGACAACCUGGCCACCUGAGCACCCCCCGCCCUCCUCGCCUCCACUCACAGGCUGGGGCUGCAGGCGGGCGCCGGCCACGCAUGCUGUGCCUCUUCUCUCCCUUCGGGCAGGCCCGGGGCUGGAAGCUGGGCUCCCCGAGGGGGGAGAAGGAUGCAGGCGCAGAUGGGUAUGUCCCCCCUCUUCCCGUUGGGGCGCUGGCCCCACCCACCAUGGGCCCCUGGGCCCUGACCCCAGACAUGUAAAUACUCCUCAAAUCUGGAAAAGUCGUCCCAUCCUGAUCCUGUCGUCCAGUGUCCCUCUCACCUCGGUCUGGUCCCAGCUCCCCCUACCCCAUCGCCACCAGCCUCAGCGACCACCUGGCCCGUGGUGAGGCUGAAGACCUUGCUCUGGGGGUGCAGGUGGGGCCUGCUGGACAGACUCUCGACUGUGUGACUCUCCGUGUGGACUCCCCCAGCCUGCCCAUCCCCCCGGGGCCCUUCCCAGGCCUGGCCCAGUCUCAGGGGCCAGCCACAGGUGCCAUGUGGGCAGCCAGAGCGUCCUUCCCUGCACACCAGCCGUGAAGGUCUCCCGUGUGUGGUGUCCGGGUGCCCAGCUCCUGGGUGUCAGGCCAGUGGGGCGGCUUCAGGCCCCUUCCCCUCUGAGGCUGCAGUUUGAGUGGGGGCUGAAGGUCAGGGAAAGUUCUGGUGCUUUUCAUUUGGCCUGAGGGAAAUUGCCGAGAGCCGGAAAUGUGGAUAUAAUCAGGAAGGAUGCAGAAGGACCUGUGGAAGAAGACCGUCACCAUUUCCAUUACUGUCCCUCCAGCUCACGGAGGGCGGGGUUCAUCUGGUAGCCGCUCUCUUGCCCCUCCUGCCCCAGGCGUCAGCCGUGGAAGGUGAGAGGUGCCUCAGAGGAACUGCCCCAGCCACGCCUUCCCCGUAGAAUCCCUGAGCCCUCCCACCCCCACUUUCCUUUAAGUCAAAGCCAUGACUGGGACGAGCCAGACACCUUCCAGUGAUGUCAGUGAAUCCUUGCACCUCCAUGGGCCCAAGUCCAGGGCCCCAGGGCCCCUCCCCACCCCCAGCGCCACCCCCAUGGACGAUGAGGAGCCCUGGCCACCAGCUCCUUGGGCUUGGACUCAGCUACUGAAACCCAUCCGAGACCUCUGCAAAGACCAACCUCUCUGGGCGCUCUUGGAAUCACCACGGGAGGACAAGGAGGUGUCAGAGGUGUCUCAGAUGCUGAAGGGAAGCCAUGCCCACCAGGCCUGUUAGCAGAGGAGCAGGCACCCCAGCGCCCGUCUGGGCUCCCCACGGCCAGCCCGAGAAUAAAACAGGCCAGAGCCUGGUUCCAGGAGGUGGAGGAAAGUGCCGGAGUGCCAUGCCCUGUGGGUGGGGCCGGCUUCGUGCCGUCAGCUUUUGGUGUUCCCGUCUGAGUGCGUCUGUGAACUUGUUUCGUGAUCACAUUGGGGGAGGGGAAUGUUGCUUUGCCUGGUUUUAGAAAGAGGCUGGGGGCUGGUGGGGCCGCUCACUUCUGGAACGGCCUGCAGGGUGACUGGAGAAGGGUUUCGAUGUGUAGUUUAGAGAACUGUGGACCCUGGGUCUUUGGCGCGGCCGGGGCAGGAAGGCAGCUGCCUGCUGUUGCCCGGGCAGUCUGUGGCUGAGGCUGGCCAGUGGUCCUUCCAUCCGGCACCAGGCCCCAUGAGACCCGUGUGUCACUCAAGUGGGCGUCCCUGGUCACCUUGCACUUGGGGCCCCACUGAGGGGCCUGGGCUGCUUGGCAGGGGCCACGGGCUGGGAUUCGGAGACGGAGGAUCUUCCCCGGUCGGCCCUAGACCAGGAGACUGUGGACACAGAGUGGUCCUUGUCUGGGCCCCAGUUUCCCCACUGCCGAGGGGAGGGGCCCUCAGAUGCUUCUGUGGUCUCUGCACGCCCGCCACUCUCCAGUUCGAGUCUGAGGCGGGGAAAGGGCGUGUGCCAUUAUGUGUAUCACUCAAGGUUUUGAUGUGUCUGUUUGCGUGUGUGUAUGUGUGUGUGGGCGGGCGCUGUUUAUUCUUGGAAGUGGAACGCCUGUCUCUUUCAUUUGGACACCACAGUGGACACUGGUGGGCCGCAGGGAAAGGUCGGGCCUGGGACCACUGGCCAGGUGCCUUGGCAUGGUGUGGGCCAGGGCCCCAGGGCGCCGAGGCUGGGUGGGCAGAGGUCACGUCCAGAUUCUGGGAGCAGCCCCGACUAUGGGCCUUAUUUCCUCACCCUCGCCACCCUCAGCGAGUCUGCCGCACUGUGGAAGGAGAGGCUUGGACUUUUUGGGCAGAGACCGUCACAAAACAGCAGAAACGGCAAUCCCUGAACCCCACGUGCUUCCCGCCUGAGCCCUGGGCCCGGGUCCUCGCGGAGGCUCCAGGUUCCCGCUGGUUUGUCAGUUUGCUCUUCUCUCCGAACCAACACCUGCCAGGCUCGCGGGCAGCGGUACCUGCCGCGCUCUCCAUGCCCUGGGUCGGGCAGCGGUACCUGCCGCGCUCUCCAUGCCCCGGGUCGGGCAGCGGCCUCCGGAGGCACGGGCAGUGGGAGGCCGGCAUGAAGUCUGGGUGAACCCUCCUCUCUGAUCCCUUGUUUCCAACUCUGUGAUGCUGGCAGCGAGACCGGGUGAUUUGUGCGGCCCGGGGCACCCCGGGGGCUCUGUCUAAACACCAUCCCCCACUGGGGAUGGGCCCUGGGCAAGGGCCGUUGCCUGGUCCCGAGAGGAUGGGAAGGCACACCGAGGGAGGGGCAGCUGAAGGCCCGGGGCGGGGGAGGCCGGAGAGGAGUAGAGGUUCCAACUGCAUGACUCUAGAAGGUCAUUAUCACAAGGGAAGUUACGUCUCUUCCAUGCGACCCCAUAGGACAGAGGGUUCCCCGGGGGAGGCUGAAUUCUCCUUGGGAGGAGGAAGUCUCUCAUGCUCUGUCUUGGGUGUCUUAGCACGGCAGUGUCGGGAAUGUCCCCAGCCCUGGGGGAGGUGGCACUCCAGGUCAGGGGUGCUGAGGCUGUCAGGGAGCCCAGGAAGGGUCAGAGUGUGAGGUUUGGGGGGUUCAGUGGCUCUGGUGGCCCCCGGCACUGCGGACUUCAUGACAGUCCCCACGUCUGAGGACAGGCCACAUUCUCUGUCUCAGCGACCCUCCUUGACAUGCCUGGGGUCCUCAGUGAGUCCUUCUCCAGUCCCCCCACUGCCGGCACCAGUGACUCCAGGGACUGAGCCCAGGGAGCUGGGGCCAGGCCCAAGGCUUGCCCUACACCUGAGUCCUACACCUGAGUCUCCUGCCGAGAGCGCUGGCUCUGCUCCUCCUUCUGACCCUUUCCCUUCCUGAAGGAAAGCAGAAGAGGCUUUCUUUGUUAUUCUGGGGGUCCCCCUGACCCCCUCAAGGACACUCCAGAGGGAAAGCAGGGAGUGCUCUGUCACCGUCAAUUCCUGCUUGAGCCUAGUGACCACGGAGACCUCUGGGGGGCCCUGAGCAGGGAGCGGAGGGCCUGGGUUUCUCCCAGUUUUGCAGCUGACCUGUUUGACCUUGACUCCUUCCCUAGGUAUCUUUGGGGAAGCUCCAAGCACUAGAGCGGGGAGGAACUUGAGAUCUGCAGGUCAGACCUCCCCACUGGGCUGACAAAGAAACACCAGCGGGCCUAGCCUGGUGCCUGCUGCCGUGCUGGGACCCAAUGCACUUUGCAGAUGUGAGGACAGGGGCCCGCCCACAGGUGCCCAGCCCUGCGCAGGAGCCCGAGCGAGACCCUCAGGAAAGCUUCUGUGAACAUGGUCAGCCUUGUGCAGCUUUCGAGGGGCUCUGGCUACACAGGUUAUUAGCGCUCCAGAGGACAGGACAGGUGGCGGAGCUACUGUGAUGUAGGGGGACUGCCCGGUGCCCUGGGCCUCAGCCCUUGUCCUGUGCGCCAGGGCGGAACCUCUCUGGGCCUCUGCUUCCUAAUCCGACAAACGGGAGGACGUGAUUUGCGUUCGGUCCCGUGGGACAGGGAUGGGGUUGAAGUGAGAUGCCCUGUUGGCGAAUGGGCUCUGGGCACCACACCAGGGGUGGGCUGGUGAUCGGGGUGAAGACCCCCGCAGGGUACCCUGUGCUGUUGGCCAACGGCUUGGCGCCCUCCUAGAUGAAGCUUUGUCCCAUCUGUGAAAACCACCAGCACCGGAGGGAAGGUGGAGGCCAGGGCUCCUCCGACGGACACAGGAUGGCAGCUUUGUGUCCGUCUGCUGACUCAGUCUGUCUUUGGGGUUGGGAUAAGGAGACUUCUGUGUGGGUAAUGCCAGCAUCUCCCUGCCACUUCCACAGAAAUCCUUUAAAGUUUUGGGACGUCCCUGCAGUGGGCCGAGCGCCCAGUCCUCCUCCUUCCCUUGAACUUGAGCCCUGGGAUGUGUCUGUGCUUAGCCUUGCGUGUCUUGUCCUGUGUCCGUCUUCUGUAGCUCUGCCUCUGUGAGGGCUGGGGCGGGGCAAGCCCUGGCAUUCCAGACGUGGCCCCCCGGGUCCCUCCGGGCAGAGGGGCAGCCUGGGUUUCCUCUCCCAUGGCCAAGACCAGCCACACAGACCUCCUGCUCCCGCCGCCGCCGCCAUUAAUGCUGUGCGCACGACCUUGUCUGGGACUUUAUGGACGUCACA